AUGUACCUCCCGAACAAAAUAUCUCAAACAAAAAACGCCUCCGACAUGAACCCCCCGAGCCAAAUACCCUUCAGCACAAAAACCAUAAAGCGAAAAUUUCUCAGAACAAUUGCCCUCGAACAAAAACCCUUCGAAAAAACUCCCGAGAAAAAUGCACCCUGGACAAAUUCCCAAAAGCCCAAAAAUAUAUUAAUUGAACCUAAACGCCCCGGUUUACGAUCGUCUUCUUGUUCUCGCUUCUUAACUCGUGUAAAAUACUCUUUUGCUAAAUCUGCUUUUGCUUUUCUGGCCCUUUCUCUGGAACUCUCUACCUACUUCUCUGACUACUUCUCCAUCACUUACAAAGUUCAGAGCGUAUCUCAAGACCUAUUUGUUUGCAAAAUUCAUCGAGGAUCGUUGUUGAACAUCGCGGAAAUAACGCUUUACAUGCUAAUUGAGUGA